UCUUCCUUGAGAAGCCCAUUUAACGAAACAGCCCACGUCCUUUGCUCGUGUCGCCUCUCUGUCUGGCUUCUUUCUGCGUCUGUCGUGUCACUGGAAAAUGGAUCGAUCUCAAUUUCUGCUCUUAGGUUUACCAAUCUUUCUAUUUUUCACCGACGUUGUUAAUCUAUUUACGGUACCACCACCGCCAAAAUCCGCUCAAAAUGAUCUUAGCAGCUUCCGAUCCAAGCCCAAUUCAGUUCUCCACCAACAGCCCCUUCAAUUUCCAAUUCAGAAAUCAUCGUCAUCCGCUAUCGGAGGAGUAGGCGGCGGCGUUGGUAAUAUUGGCUUUGGCAGCACCAUUAAUAUCGACUUCUGUGCUUCUUGUUCUUAUAGAGGAACUGCUGUAACUAUGCAAAACAUGCUGGAAACACAAUUUCCUGGUAUUAAUGUAAUUUUGGCGAACUAUCCUCCCUCAUUUCCAAAGCGCUUACUGAGCAAAGUUGUUCCAGUUUUUCAAUUUGGAAUCAUUGGAGUAAUAAUGGCUGGUGAACAAAUUUUUCCAAGGUUAGGAUUUGCAGUUCCACCUCCUUGGUACUAUUCUUUACGUGCAAACAGAUUUGGAAGUAUUGCGAGCACUUGGCUUUUUGGAAACUUCAUUCAAUCCUUUCUCCAGAGUUCUGGUGCUUUUGAAGUAUAUUGCAAUGGUGAAUUGGUUUUCUCCAAGCUGACAGAAAACAGGUUCCCUGGUGAAAUCGAGUUGAGGGAUCUUGUUGGCAAAAAACUUGCUCAUACAAGAAUUGUUCAUGGCGAUGGAAGUGUCUUGUCUUAGUGCUCUGACAAGUCGACGUGAGUUAUCUCUGACAAGUCGAUGUGAGUUAUACUUCUCAUAUGCAUGAUGCAGGAAGCAGAUACACUAAUGAUGGAGAAGAUAUGGCCUCUUUUUCUGUUCCUUACUUCUGCAGUUCUGCUUCCAUUCAUUCUCAGGGCUGGCAUUAAUUGUGAUAGGGACUUAACAGUUCUCCUGAAGACUUUUUUUUUUUUUUUUUAAUGAAAUUGGAAAUAAUUUUCAAUUUUAUUUAUAAUUUUGGGAUAUUAUUUGUGAUACAUUGUCUGGAUUACCAGAUUCAUUAAUAGUGCAAUCAAUAAAUGAAAUCUUCCAUUUCGUAUCA